ACGGGCGCUAGCUAAAUAUACAAAACAUAUACACUGAUUAUGUGUGUGUAUAUAUAUAUAUAUCUGUGUGUUUUGUAUUUACAAUAUGUAUACUAUUUACACUUAAUAUACAAAACAUAUAUAUUUGUUGGCUAUAUUAUUCUUUUGAGUGGUCCAAAAAUAUAAUCAUCCCUUUUUUUGACCUCCGUUGCCAUUGUGUUUUGAAAAAAUUGAAUUCAACAAUCAAUAUGAACAAAUUUCACCUAUAUGUGCACAAUAUGAUUUGCUGAAAAAUUAGGGAGAUUUAAUUGACCACCAUGGUGCCAAUAGCCCAAUAUGACUCUGCCACUGCAACAAUUGUCCUAUCAAAAUAAUUACUUAGAUUAAUACAUAAAGAAGGUUUAUUGACAACUAUAAAAGUUGUGCGAUAAAUCAUUUAAUGAGACAAGAUUAAUAAAUUAGUUCACUACAAGGUAGGAAAAUGUAAAUUCCAUUCUUACCAUGUUUAGCUCAAUCACUGAGUGACUGAUUUGUAGUACUGGUAACUUUCCUUACAACACCAAUUUUUUUAAAACGAUAGCCGUUAAUUGUUUAAGUUGUUUUCGUUUAAAUACACUCUCUUGGAUCUUAAUUUAAGUAUAAUGCAGCUAAGAUCUUUGGUUAGAUUUUCUUCUUCUCAAACAAAAGAUUCAUAAAAUCUUUGUACCUCGUGGUGACAGAUUUUUGUCUCUUUUCAAUAUAAGAAAUUAUAUCUUUGAAAGAAAAAUAAUGACUUGUACGCGUUGUGCAGCUUGCAAGCAAUUGAGAAGAAGAUGUCCUUCUAAUUGUAUAUUUUUGCCAUAUUUUCCUCCAAAUAAUCCUCAAAGAUUUUCUUAUGUUCACAGAAUCUAUGGUGCUAGCAAUGUUGGAAAGAUGCUCCAGCAAGUAGAAGAGCAUCAACGAGCAGAUGUAGCAGACUCAUUGUACUAUGAGGCAUAUUGCAGAAUUAAGGAUCCAGUUUAUGGUUGUGUUGGAAUAAUUACUGUUUUACAUGAAGAAAUCUACCAUGCACAAUGCCAAUUGGCUAAAGUACAAGCUGAAAUUGACUUACUCAAAGCUCAGGCACCAGUUCAAGGAGAGUUAUUAGGGCUACAAGUAAAUGAAUUUCUUGCCAAUCAAAAUGGAGCUUAUUGUUCAACACAAUCAUCAUUUGAUCCUUCGUUUUACUAAUUACUUUGAAUUUAUGAUGCAGAGUGUUUUGUUGUCUUGUGUUUAUGAAAACAUAUUCCGGCA